CGCGCCCGGAGGCUGACUCCAUCCCAGACGACGCCGUCACCGUUCUCGACGACGCCCAGCUCGUCCUCAUCGCCAAAACACCGACUCUAGCGCUCAAGCUAGCGGUCGCUGACAUUAACAACAAUCAUGGCGCCAUUCACCAAACCCGAAGCGGUGCUCAAGCAGGCCGAAGGGCUCGUCUCCGUCGGCCAGACGCACGCCGCCCUACAGUCGCUCACCGAGAUGUUCUCCACCAAGCGGUUCCGCACCACCCCGCUCUCGUCGCUCGAGCCCAUCAUGCUCCGCUUCGUCGAGCUCUGCGUGGACAUGCGCAAGGGCCGCACGGCGAAGGAGGGUUUGAUGCAGUACAAGAACAUCGCCCAGAACGCGAACGUGGCCUCGAUCGAGGUUGUGAUCAACCGAUUCAUUCAGCUUGCGGACCAGAAGGUGCAGGAGGCCCAGGAGAAGGCCGACAAGGCCGCCGCGGGCGCGCUCACCGACGUGGACGACCUCGAGGCAACGGAGACACCCGAGAGCAUCCUGCUCGGAGCCGUGAGCGGUGAUCAGAGCAAGGAUCGCACCGAUCGCGCGCUCGUCACGCCGUGGCUCAAGUUCCUGUGGGAGAGCUACCGGACCGCACUCGAGACACUCAAGAAUAAUGCGCGGUUGGAGGUGAUCUACCAGAACAUCGCCCAACAAGCCUUCCGCUUCUGCCUGAAACAUCAGCGCAAGGUCGAGUUCCGCCGCCUGUGUGAAACCCUCCGCCUGCACCUCGCCAACGUCGCCAAGUACGGGCACCAGCCACACGCGAUCAACCUCGCCGAUGCCGAUACGCUCCAGCAUCAUCUUGACACGCGCUUCGCGCAGCUCUCGACCUCGGUCGAGCUCGAGCUCUGGCAGGAGGCCUUCCGCACCGUCGAGGACGUGCACAACUUGCUCACCAUGGCCAAGCGCGCGCCCAAGCCGAGCAUGAUGGCCGGCUACUACGAAAAGCUCACCAAGAUCUUCCUCGUCUCUGGCGACGCCGCCGCACUCUACCACGCCGCGGCGUGGGGCAAGUACUUCGCUGUCGUGAGCGUGAUAGGCGGCAAAUCGGAGGAGGAGACGGGCCGGCUCGCGGGCCAGGUGCUCGUGAGCGCGCUCGCGGUGCCCGUUGGCGGUUACGUGGAAGAUGGCGCGGAGGAGAAGGGUAGGAGCGCGCGCCUGACCGCGCUCGUCGGGCUCAGCAAGGCGCCCACCCGCGCGGGCCUGCUCAAGGACGCGCUCUCGCGCCACGUGCUGCGCCUUUCGCCGCCGAUGGUCCAGCGCCUGUACGACGUGCUCGAGGUCACGUUCGACCCGCUCGCGCUCUGCGGCGCCGUCGCGCCCAUUUUCCAGGACCUCGCGCAGGACUCGCUCUACGCGAGCUACCUCCCGCUCCUGCAGCGCGCGGUGCUUUCUCGUCUCCUCGCGCAGCUCGCCCAGGUGUACUCGAGCAUCACGAAGGAGAACCUACUCGCGCUCGUCGCGCCGCUCAAAGAGCUCGGUCUCCAGGCUGAGGGCAAGCCCAACCCGUACGAUGAGGAGCAGGUCGAGGCCUACAUCAUGAGCUGCGCUCGCCGCGGCGAGCUCGCUGUGCGCAUUGACCACAUCUCGGGCUCCAUUGUCUUCGUCGACGACGCGUUUGUAUCCGGCACGCAAGCCACCCCGCAGGACCCAUCGACAUCGGCUGCUGGUGCUGCCGCCGGCUCCGCUUCUUCCGUCGCCGCCGUGCAGCAGUCGACUGCUGAACUCGUCCGCACGCGCCUCAGUGGGAUUGCGACGACCCUACACACUGCGCUCGCGACGCUCUACCCGCCGCCGCCGCUCUCGGAGGCUGAACAGGCGACCACGUUCGCGCAGCUUGUCGCUGCCGCCGACGCGGAGCGACGCGCUCUGUCCCUCCGUCGCGCUCUCGUCGCGCGCCGCAGGGAGCUCAUCAGUGAGCUGGCCGCGCGGAAGGAGAAGGAGGCCGCGAGCCGGCGGGCAGAGUUGAGCAAGAAAGAGCGCGAGGAGAAGGAGCGUGCGGCGGUGGAGGACAUGAAGCGCCGCGAGCGCGAGCGGGCUAUGAGGGAGAUCGAGAAUAUCAGGAAGAAGGAGGCCGCCGAGCUCGCUGCCAACCUGAAGGCGCGGGGCAACCUCAAGGUCGACAUCGACGACAUGGAGAACCUGAACACGGACUCGUUGAUGAAACUCCAGGUGGAGCAGCUGGAGAAGGAGAAACGCGAGACCAACGAGCGCCUGCGGACCAUCGGCAAGCGCAUGGACCAUCUCGAGCGCGCCUUCCGCCUCGAGGAAAGGCCGCUGCUUGCCAAGGACUACGAAUUGCAGCAGGCGAACGACCGCGCGACGUUCGAAGCGCUGCAGAAGCGAAAGCUCGAGAGUGCACGGCUUCAGCACCAGAAGGAUAUGGAGACGAAGAAGCGGUUGAGCCGCGUGAUGGACGAUUACCUGAAGCGGAAGCAGGAGUUAGAGGAGAGACGCGGCGAAGAGUACAUGAAGAAGAAAGAGAAGGCGUACAAGAAGAUCGAGGAGGAGAAGCGCAAGAGGCGCGAGGCGGUGCUGAAGCAGAGGGAGGAGGAACAGAGACGGAGGGAGGAAGAAGAGCGUAUUCAGCGGGAGAAGGAAGAGGAGGAACGACGUCUCGAGGAAGAGCGCAUCGCCGAAGAGGAGCGUAUUGCUGCCGAAGAGGCUCGUUUGCGCGAGGAGGAAGAGGCUCGCAAACGUGAGGCUGAAGAGAAGGUGGCCGAAGCACGCCGCCAACGCGAAGCCGAACGCCAGGCCGCGCUGGAACAGGCACGCCUGCAGGCGCAGCGCGCAGAGGAAGCGCUGGAGCGCCGCAAAGCUCGCGCGUUGGAGAAGAACACGCCCGCCGAGCCGACCUCCGCCCUGGGCCACGCGGCGCGUCCGAGCACGGACGGCGGCAGCGUAUGGCGCCGCACAACGCAGACGCCCACCACGACAGCCCCGCCGACGCCCGUGCGCCCGAGCAUGGUCCCCUCGAGGUCAGAGAGUCCUGCACCCCCUGCUGCCACGGAACCGCCCAAGUACCGUCCGCCCACGUUCGGCGCCGGCCGGGGUGGAGGAGGCUGGCGCGAGCGCGAGGCUGCCCGGCAAGCUGCCGGCGGUGGUGGUGCACCGAGCCCACGCCCUGCGUCGCCGGCGCUGCCGCCUUCGCAGUCCGGCCCUGCUGCGAGCAAGGAAGACGACGGUUUCCAGACUGUUCCUGAGCGCAAGAACGUCUGGCGCCCGAGCCGUGGACGUGGGCGCGCCUGAGUUGUUGGGUCUUAUUUCGUUCCCAUAUGACGACCAUGUCCGUUUCUGUCAUUGUGUUUGCGAACACGCUUAUGCUCUCUUCCCGUAUGCCGCUUUUUCCCGAUUACAACGUUCCCAGUGUAUUGCAGACAGUAUGAACAAUGGGUUAG